ACACACAUUAGCUGUGGCGUAAACUGGAGCAUAUUGACUUCCAGUGACAGCAGACGCUGUUUAAAUCCCCCACUCACCCCCAUUCUGCACAAGCGACAGCAAGCUGAGACUGGACACCGGGAGCAUUUGCUCGAGUGAUUGUCUGUGCGCGUGCGGCCUGGCACUCUGACACCGAGGCGCACUGUGCGCGCGCGUUCUUCGCCGGUGUAACCAAAAGCUGGGAAAAGGCGUAUCAGUUCGUAGGGAGGCGGCGACGACCCAGUCUCAUUAGAAUCUAGUCUGCAGACCCUUCGCUGGUCGCGCGCAUUUUACUACUACAACUCCUCACGGUGACGCUUUAGCUGUCGACGGAGUGGCACGCGCGCAAAAGCUGUGGAGAAGAGGACACCCGCCCGGGACAAUGGAACCGAACCCUAGCCGUUAAACAGUUGACACACACGCACGCGCGCGCACACACUGCAGCUGAGAGAGAGAUCAGGCGUUUGGAAGGAUAAAGGCGACAUGGCGAGAACGGACAAGCUCUGAAGUUUGGAGGUUCUGCUGUGAGGAUUAUUGUACAGUCCACGGUCUGACCGGCGAAACGAGGACCAGAGUUUGCAUCACUGUAUCCAAGGGAAUAAGCCCACGUUAUGGCGCGCACUGACAGCCGUUUGGGGACCUGGCAGGUGCUCCUGACCAUCUCAAUGGUCAUCCUCUCUGUGUCUGCUCACGGGAGGCAUUCAAUUGGCAGACACCACCAUCAUCGCAACCAUUCAUCUGUCAACAAGGAGGCCUUGAACACCAGGAUGGUGCUAAGUGAUGACUCAGCAGAGAGAGACCAUCUGAUUGGAGCAGGCCUUGUGUUUGGUGCCAAACAACUCCCACUCAGCUCCACCAAACACCACCACUCACAUAAGCGCGUCCACUUGGAUUUUGCAGAGGAGGACCCACCUGUGGCGGAGGAACUAACCGCAGGAGGUGCGGGUCCAGAUCAGCCCGGGAACCCCUUAUCCGAUGACGUCAUCACAGUGGAGUUUCACAGUCCUGCCCCCGACGUCGUGCCCUCCGAUGCUGCUCUGGGAUGGGCGAAAGCCCCCAAACCCCAAAAGCAGAAGGCAGGUGACCCUACAUCAUGGACCCUUUCUGAUUUUUACGACUAUCUAUCCCCCGAUGAUGAUGACCCCUCAGCAGUCGAUACAACCCCAGAACCCGAACCCUCCCCGUCACCUCCAGCAGAAAUGGAGGAUGAGAAUCCGCUCCUGGCUGGUUCUCCUGCUGUUCCCGACAAGGUCAAGCCUAACGUGGACAGCAGGCCACCCUUACCAGCUCCUCCCAUGUCAGGGCAAGACCAGGAUGAGGGGCUAGGCUUAGGAGGUGCCAUGGGGGUGGGUGGCUGCAGGCUGGGCUUUGUGCAGUCUGGGCCCGGGGUGUGUGUAUCUCAGUGUGACGUCGAACCCAAUUUCUGCUUCAAUCAAGGGGUGUGCACCGUAGUGCCAGGAAUGGGAGCCUUCUGCAGGUGCAAUGUGCAGGACUACGUGUGGAACAAAGGUGCGCGUUGCGACUGGGCCGUCACCGAGUUCCAGGUGCUGUGCGUGGUGGUGGGCGUGUCCUCCGUGGUCCUCCUGCUGCUUUUCAUGAUCAUCGUAUUCUUCGCCAAGAGGCUGCACCACCUCAAGAACGAGAACAAGCGCCUUCGCAAACGCAGUAAGUACCGCCCACAGAGCAGCGAGCCACAGACGGACGGCCUCUCAGUUUCCACAACAGCUGACGGCUCACAGCCAAACGUAAGGAAACUGUGUGACACCCCUCCGCCCGCUCCCCAAGCUCAUACUCACAACCUGGCGUACUAUGACAACAUUAUCUGUCAGAGGCCAUCAACAGCCAGCUUUACCUGGGACUAUAAACCCAGAAAUUCUUAUAAUCAGCUCCAGGAUGAGCCGCAGAAGCAGGAGACCCAAGCCAAGUCCCCGCAGCCCAAGGAAGAGGGGUCUAUGAACAUCCUCAACUCUCACUCCCCGAAGCACGAGAACAACCGCCCGGCCUCCGCCGUCCACGACCACGGCCUCACUCCUAACAACACGGAGGAAAAAGCCGAGGAUGGAGUGACUAUUGGCCUGGAAGUGCUUCUCCCCAAAGAGGCCAAGCUUCACCCAGAGAACAACCCGCCCCUUCAGUAUGAUGUCUUCCUCUACAAGGUUGCCAACAAUGGAGACUCUGCCUCUCCCAGCCAAGGCCUCACCUCUCACUCAUCCAGUUCUUACUCCACCACUCAUCCCAUUCCCAGAUCACCCAAUACACCUAAGACAUCCAAGGUGCCUAAGUCACCCAAAUCCCCUAAACAGACCAAGGAACCGCUGAGAGGGAGGCACUCUUCACCUGGCCGGCACCGCUCACCCGGUCGCCAUCCAUCACCAAGUCGCCACUCAGCUCCCGGGUGUUAUUCUUCCCCCAUCUGCCAUAUGUCUUCCCACCACUCUCCCUCUCAUUUCCGGUGCAUGCCCACCUGCUCACCCACUCCCCCUCAGCUACGCAGGCCCAGAGGUCGGUCUCAGGAUCCGGAAGCUGAGACCUCAGAGACUGGGCGAGAGUACUAUGGAGGACACAUCCGCCCAUUCCCAUCAUCACCACAUCUUACCCAGCCUCCUCCAUCACCAUCUAGGGGGAAGUACUGCCCGGUCAGUACCCGAUCCCUGCCACCACUCUCCUGACCAGGCCUUUGCUUAGUCCAGCCCUUUAAAUGCACAAACAUCUGUCAUGAUCUACUCUGUCCAGUGAUCUGUGUCCAUCGUGUCUCUAACUUUUUUUUUUAAAAUUAGCUAUUUAUAGUUUUUUCAUCCACCUAUCCAUCUUUGCACCCUGUGUCCCCACUUUUAUACCCUUAGGAUAAGGAAGGCACCUAAACCUGUUCUAGAAAACUAAAUAACCAGGACAACCCUGCACAGACCACAUUCACUGAAACUGAAACAUGGAUGGACCAAAAAUACACCAAUAAAUCACUGCAUGGUUGCUGCAGCUGCAUAUUCACACCUCUCUGUAAAAAAAAAAGAAAAAAAAAGCCCAACAUCUCAAGGCUCAGGUUUCUGCUCACAGAAUAAACUCUUAUAUGUGAACAACACUAUCUUAGCAUGGUGCCAACAUCAGCGACAGCUGACGAUAUUGUCAAUAAAAGGUUUAAUAGCCUUAGUGUUAUCAGCGGUUUAUACAAAUCUUUUGCUAUUUGAUGUGUAUUUUUUCAUGUUUUCAUAGGUGUUUUGAGUGUCUUUU